AUGUUUGCACUGGAACAAUGGCUAGAUCGAUGUCAGUCUUUCUUCUUCGAAAAGAUUAUGCGAGAAUUCUGUGCACGUUCCUGUGGUUUCUGUACGCCAGGUGUUGUACAAAGCCUGAAAACUGUUCAACUUCCGCAGCCCGAUUUAGGAUUGGCUCCACCGUUAUCACGGCUGCAGUAUCAUCGUCCGUUGUAUCAAGGUUUUGGCUAA